AGAUUGGAAAGAUAUAGGACAAUUAAUGUAUUCUAGUAGACGUUAUAUACCUCUUGAAUUUGGUAGGCUACCUCAUGAUAUAUUUAAACAUUUUAAUAGAUUUAAAGCUAUAGAAUGGUCAAAUUGGAUUAUAAUGUAUUCUAAAUAUUUUAUUUUUAAUAGAUAUUUAAGGGUUGGAUUUAAUUUUGUAGAAGCUGUUAAAAUUUGUCUUCAACAAAAAAUAACACAUGAGGAUUUA